UAGGAUUUCUUCUACGUCAUCAACUCAAGGCGCUUUUGUUGUUCUUGCGGAGCAGAAAGACGGAGACAAUUAUAUCUAAUACCUUGUAAACAACCCGGAGUAAACAAAGAUACCAUCUCACAUGCUUCAAUAUAACCACGACCGAUGUCGUCUGGUGAAAAGCUGCGUGUUUGUGGUAGUAAAGUAGCUCCUCACUGAGCUGCUAGCUGUAGCUCCUCAGGAGGGAGUCCGCGGUCCGGAUUGGAGCUCCGGGAAGAAGAGGUGACAUAUCCGCUGUAGCUGGGAUGUCCUGACGGAAGUUGGGAAAACAUGUAUUUCACAGUCCCGCCUGGAGUCGUGGCACUAUAAACCCGGAGUAUGGUGUUCGUGUGACUGAUAUUGAUGAUUUAAUGGUGGUUUGUAACAGUUCAACGUGCCAAGUGUAGCGGAGUUAGCCACCACGGAGCUAACGUUACGUAGCAACCCAGGAGGAAGACCGUUUAAAAUGGCGGAGGGUUCUUCGGCCCUCGUCUUCACGCUGCUGAGUCUGAGUGUGAGUGUGAGUGGUCUCUGGGCUCUGGAGGCUUGUCCCGCUCCUUGCUCCUGUUUAAAAGGACAAGAUGAGGUCCGCAUCUUGGACUGUAACAGGAGACGCAUGUCCACUGCUCCUGUGGACCCACCAGACUGGAUAACACAAGUCACCAUGAAUCACAAUGAGCUGACUGCCUUUCCCUUCCUUGGAGAUGUUUCCUCAAAUAUCACCUCGCUGUCAUUAGUUCACAACCGGAUCUCAGAGUUGUCGAUGCAUCAGCUGCUGCCAUACGUUUCCUUGGAGACGCUGGACCUGACAUCUAACUCCAUCUCUGAGCUCAAAGCUGGAUCCUUCCCCUCCAUGCAGCUGAAAUAUCUGAAUUUGAGUAAUAACAAGAUCAGCGUCCUCGAGCCUGGCUGCUUUGAAAACAUCUCCAGCUCCCUGCUGGUGCUGAAGCUGAACAGGAACAGAUUAGUAGCUCUGCCAUCUAAAGUCUUCAAACUUCAACAGCUUCAGUUCCUUGAAAUGAAGCGUAACAAGAUCAAGAUAGUGGACAGUCUGACAUUCAAAGGGAUGGACUCGCUGAGGUCACUGAAGAUGCAGAGGAACGGCAUCACUAAGCUCAUGGAUGGAGCCUUUUUUGGACUAAACAACAUUGAAGAACUAGAGCUCGAGCACAACAACCUAACGGAGGUCAACAAAGGCUGGCUGUACGGACUGCGCAUGCUGCGUAUCCUGCGGGUCAGCCAGAAUGCUGUCGGCAUCAUCCGACCAGACGCCUGGGAGUUUUGCCAAAAGCUGGAGGAACUAGACUUGUCCUUCAAUCAUCUGACUAGACUCGAGGAGACGGCCUUCGUAGGAUUAGGUCUCCUGGACAGCCUGAACCUCGGAGAAAACUCCAUCAGCCACUUGGGAGAGGGAGUAUUCAGUGGCCUGGCAAGUCUGCGCACCCUAGAUAUCCGGAAUAAUGAAAUCUCCUGGGCCAUUGAAGACUCCAUUGGUGUGUUUGAUGGGAUGAAGAAGCUGAACACACUCAUCAUACAACGGAACAAAAUCAAAUCAAUCACUAAGAAAGCGUUUGACGGCCUGGAGGAGCUGGAGCACCUAGACCUCAGCAAGAAUGGCAUCAUGUCGAUACAUCCCGAGGCGUUGUCCCAUAUGAAGCUCAAAGUGUUUGUCCUGAACACGAGCAGCCUGCUGUGUGACUGCCACAUGCAGUGGCUGGGGCCUUGGCUGACUGACAGACAGUUCCAGCAGUCUGUCUCCGCUAUCUGUGCUCAUCCUGCCAGUCUACUCGGUCACAAUGUCCUGUCCGUCAGCCCCGAAGAGUUUGUUUGUGAUGAUUUCCCCAAGCCUCAGAUCACAGCUCACCCAGAGACAUACGUGGCGCUGCGGGGGAACAAUGUGACUCUGAGCUGCGUCGCGUCCAGCAGCAGCGAUUCGCCAAUGUCCACAGCUUGGCGGAAGGACGGGGAGGUGCUGUAUGAUGCAGAAGUGCAAAACUUCGCCCGUUACCAGGAGGGAGAGCUGAUCUACACCACUGUGCUCCACCUCCUCAAUGUCAACUUCACGGAUGAGGGGCGCUACCAGUGUGUGGUGUCCAAUCACUUUGGCUCCAACUACUCCAACAGGGCCAAGCUGACUGUGAAUGAGCUGCCAUCCUUUCUGAAGACUCCCAUGGAUCUGACAAUCCGGACUGGGACUAUGGCCAGGCUGGAGUGUGCUGCUGAAGGCCAUCCGUCACCCCAGAUUGCUUGGCAGAAGGACGGAGGCACCGACUUCCCGGCUGCCCGGGAGCGCAGGAUGCACGUGAUGCCAGAUGACGACAUCUUCUUCAUCGCUAACGUGAAGACCGAAGACAUGGGAGUGUACAGCUGCACGGCUCAAAAUGCAGCUGGCAGCCUGUCUGCAAAUGCUACUCUCACCGUCCUGGAAACUCCAUCCUUCAUGCGGCCGCUGGAAGACAGAACAGUGGCCCGCGGUGAAACCGCCGUGCUUCAGUGUAUAGCUGGAGGCAGCCCGGCCCCUCGUCUCAACUGGACCAAAGAUGACGGGCCACUGGUGCUCACCGAGCGCCACUUUUUUGCCGCGGCCAACCAGCUCCUUAUCAUAGUCGACGCCGGUCCUGCUGAUGCUGGGAAAUACACCUGCAUCAUGUCUAAUACUCUGGGAACAGAACGCGGCCACAUCUACUUGGGCGUCUCACCAUCGCCCAACUGUGACACCGGCACGGGAUACGACCAGGACGGCUGGACCACCGUGGGUAUCGUGGUGAUUGUGGUUGUGUGUUGCGUGGUCGGAACCUCGCUGGUCUGGGUCAUUGUCAUCUAUCACAUGCGCAGGAAGAGCGAGGACUACAGUAUCAGCAACACAGAUGAGAUGAAUUUGCCAGCAGACAUCCCCAGCUACCUGUCCUCUCAGGGUACUUUGUCAGAGCCUCAGGAAGGCUACAGUAACUCUGAGGCUGGCAGCCACCAGCAGCUCAUGCCUCCCCUCUCCAAUGGAUACGUCCAUAAGGGCACAGAUGGUGUGUGUUAUGGAGACACAGGCAGCGAGGUGGAAACUGAGGGGAACGGCAUGCUGCACUGCAGGGUGGGCUCUCUGUUCACUGGCCGGAGCAGCUUCCACCCUGGAGAGCCCCGUGACGGACUAGCUGGACUCCCCACAGGUGGCGCAGGCCCGCUGGUCAUCUGCUCCGACUGCUACGACAACGCCAACAUCUACUCUCGCACACGGGAGUAUUGCCCCUACGCCUACCUGGGGGAGGACGACCCGCUGGACAAGACUCUACCAGACCUGAAGGAGGGCUUCAGUGAGCAUGCCCAGCACAAGGACACGACCCUGGAGAGCCUCAUUAGCAACCUGGACUCCACCGACUUUCUCACCUCACACGACAAAAGGUUGAGCAGCCACACUCCCCCGGAGCACUACGCUAAUGACUCUCUUAGCAGGUCCUUCUGGGGAGAAGUGGAAGAUCCGUCCUCCAAACCCCAACCAGGCGCGUCCCAGCACCCAGUGACAGUACACAGGACACCACCUCUGGCCUCCACUGCCGACGGGGCGGAGGAGCAGAGCGAUGCAGAGGCGGACUGUUUUCCCAGCCAAUGCACACAGGACCACAGAAGUGCCUCUAACAGGACUAACCCUCAGGAGCACCCUGCUCCCACAUAGGUCCUCAUACUCCGCCCACGUUCUGCCUCGGACACUCCUCAUUGCUGCAACACCCCACCCCCUCACCCUCUCUUCACCCACUACCUCCAAAGAGACUCCUCACAUUCUGCCAAAGAUGCUCUCUUGUAUGUUUACAUUCCCCUUUCACUCAAGAGGACAUAACUAACGGUCUCCGCUGUGGAGAGACCGCCGUGUCAGGCUGGAGGAACGGACCAGUGAUUGAAUUUACCUCCUACUUGACACCUCCACCUCUGCAGGAACCUUUUUCUCCCACGUCCUCCAUUCUCCUUUUGUUCUCUUCUCUCUAGAGAAAGCUAUGAAUGUAUGCUUUUAAAGAGCCAUGUCGGAGGCUGCCGCGAGAGAAGGCGUAGACAUUGUCGAAUCUUAACGAGCCCUCUCCUCCGCUCCGUUCACUGCUGAGAUUUUCUCUCAUCAUUCCUGGUACAGACACCUGUUGGAGCAGACUUUGGUAGAAAUUACAAACCACCUAUUCCCAAGUUGGGAGGUUCAAACAGGUGGCACUUGCAGUUCCCUGACCAGCAGUUCGUGGUUAAUAUCGGAAAGAACAUUGAAGACAUGCGUCCCACAUUCCCACAGCCAUCCCGACUGACUCAAAGCUAUGCUAUCUGGUAUCUUGUUAUGCAAAUCCCAGAGACAGUGACACCAAAAUGUGGUGUAUAUUAUGAAUAUAUAUGAAUAUAUCCUAUAUCAUCUAUCUGUUUUUGUCCUAUGUCAAACGCAAUUCCUUCAUUUUUAUGUGUUUGUAAUGAGAAGCAGUUUGGGGAGAAAGCGUAACAUGUUUUUUUGCACAUGUGACAAUCAUGGUUUUGCUGGCUAUUUUCUCAUGGUUGUCUAUCUGAUGGCCUUUUAAACAAGCAUUCUCAGUAACCUCGAUCAGGUGACAUUAUGGCUUAUAUAUAUAUAUAUAUAUAUAUACUAUAUAUAUACACACAGUAUGCACUGAUUUGUUUUUCCCCUUUUAUUAUACUUUACAGGCACUUAAUUUAAUGCUGGUAAACUUUAUUAUGCAGUGCGCAUGCCGUUUUACAUUGUGAGGAUUCAUCAUCACAGUUUUAUCUCAAAACGUUCCUGAUCCUUCCGUAGAUAUCGAUUUAAGCCGAGGUUUUCACUUGGGACUGUGAAAAAUGAGAAUGUAUUGUAUUAUUUUAUACAUGUGUGUAUGUAUGUUUGUGUAAAUAAGGCUAGUAAUCUAUUAAAUUCCAUGUGCUACUAGUCCGUUUGCAGAGAGGUUUGAGACAUAAGCUGCAGUAAUUUUAAGCUUCAUUCAUUUUAAGUCUUUAUUGACCCAGCCGUUUUACCUGUUUGUUCAGGUAACAAGACAUUUUCCUCCUAACUGAAAGAUAGUACUUAAACAGCUGCCAGCUUCAGCAAAAUGUACUGUUUCCGAAAAGGUAAAUGCCUCUCGUGUAAAAGAUCAUCAGCUUCGAUGUCACGAGUCGUCCUUAAAAAUUCCUCUUGAUUAUUGCACUUCAGAGAUGUGAUUUGGCUUUCUUUGUGACUCUCAGAAAACUCCUAUUUGCUCAAUAUAUGUAGUAAAUUGCACUCAGUUGUCGGUUUAUUAAGUACACCUAGCUAAAAGUAAUGCAGUCUAAUAGACUCUUUCACAGUUGUAAAUGUAAACAUUCCAAAUGUGUCCCAGUUUAUUUCCUGUUGCAAUGUAUGUGAAUAACAUGUGUGAAUGCAGCGGUUAGCACUGUCACCUCACAGCAAGAAGGUCCCGAGUGUAAAACCUUUGCCAAAUCAAAUACGCGGAUCAUAAAAUCUGAUCUCAGAUGAUCCGCUGUGGCGAUCCCCUAACGGGAGCAGCCGAAAGACGAACAGUGUAUGCGUAUGAUAUGGACUCAAGCUGUCGCCUCGCAAUGCAAUUCCGUUGAAAAAGGUCUAUACAGCAUUCCCUAAAUAAAUCCUACCUUCAUGAAGGUUAAAAUGUCCAGUUUUAGACAGGUGUUGGUUCAACUUUAUUAUCAUUUUGGAGGAUGUAGUUUGUGGUGCUGUUUAAUUGUACUGACAGGUGUUUCUAUUAUUUUGUCCACCACAUUUAUAUCAAUGAGGGUAGGCUAAAUGAUCAUAAAGUUAAAUCAACACCUGAACAACUGAACAUUCAUGACGGUAGGAUUUAUUUCACUCAACUGUGCUAGGUUUAGCUUGGUGUACCGAAUAAUUUUGCAACUGAGUAUAUAUCAUACUCAUUCUUCAAGGACUUGAUGUCUGACAGCAAUAUUUGAAAGCUUAUUUUUGUUAUUGUCACGUCCGUUAUGUUGAUCAUCACUACUGCUACAUUCUGCUCUUUAUUUGUAUGACCAAGAACAGAUGUGUCAUGUUCCUGUUGUCCCUCGGUUGUAGCGGUACGCUACAUUGUGUGUGUUCAGACACUAACAAAUCAAUGAUGCUGACAUGUUAAUCUACAGUGCAAAUGUCUGAUGGUGUAGCUUGAUGCUAUAUUAUUUUAAGUGUAACAUGGCCAUACAAAAUAUCCUUACUUUAUAUCAAUAUUGCUCAAAAUGGUCUACAUGUGUGUUGAGCAGCAGAUGGUAUCGGUACACCUCAGUGGUACGUGCAGAUAUGAGUUGCCAAUGGAAGCAGAUUUUUGUUGUUUUCUGACUGUUGGCCAAUUUCAUGCCCCGCUUUGAGCGAUUGAGGAAGUGUCAAGUCGUCCUAAUGGAGCUACAACUCAUCGGUUCAAUAUCUCCUGCCAACACAGCCUAACACAAUGUGCAUUAAUAUUGUUUUAUUCUCCGAACGUCCUUUAUGACUUUAUACCAAAGUUUAGCAGUAAAUGCUCUGGCAAUAUCCAAUGCUGCUUUUUAUUUUUUGUAUCGUUGAAGUUUUUGUUUUCAAUCGUAUUUUUUUUGGACCUUGUUUACCUGUACAUUCUGUAAAGCAUGUCUAAAGAGCCUUUUUUUGUUACGUAGCCAUUACUCUGACAUUAAACAUGAAUUCUGAUAA